AUGGCCCCUCCGGCUUCAGCUAUGUUGUCUGCUAGCUUGUGUUACACCACUUAUACGAAAACAUGGCAGUCCUCAAUAAUUUCUCCAGUUUUCGAAGGAUUUUGAUAAAUUCAUCGAGUAGUCGAGCAUAUCUAUCUGGUUUUAAAAGUAGUAUAACCCUUGAAAAAUUAUAUCCAUCUAGUCGGUUGGAUAUCACCACGAUUCCCAAGGCACCAGAAAGUAAAGAUGGGAAAUUUAGUGGCUACAUACCGAUGGACAAAAUUCAAAUUAGCUAUGCUCGCAGUAGCGGACCUGGAGGGCAAAAUGUCAAUUGUGUCUCAACCAAAGCUGAAAUAAGAUUUCACCUAGCCAGUGCUGAAUGGAUUCCAGAGCCUGUUCGUGUCAAAUUAGCAGAAAAAUUGAAAAAUCAGCUAUCCAAAGAAGGUUACUUUAUUGUUAAAUCAGACAGAACCAGAUCUCAGCACCUUAAUUUGGCUGACACGCUCGACAAAUUGAGAGAUUUGAUCCAAUCUACGGCGCAAAGUCUCGUAAUCCCCGAAAUCUCCCCAGAAACAGUGGAAAGACAACGAAGGCUGCGUGAAAGGGCAGCUCGGGAGCGUCUAAGGGAGAAGCGGGCACACUCGAUGACGAAGCAAGGACGCCAAUCACCUACUCUCGAUUCGUAAAUAGUUUUGGUCAAACCAUUUUUGACAACAGUAAAUAAACAAACAUGAAAAAAGA